GCUGGUGGGACGGAUCGUCGCCCGCGGCGCUUUCGCUGCCGCUUGUGAAGAUUUUUAUUUGCUUCCGCACAAUCACGCCCACGGGCGCUGUGUGCGUGUGUGUUGGGUUGGCUUUUUUUUUUUUUGGCUUUUUUUUUGGAUUUUUUUUUUUUUACCUCCUUCUUCUUCUGCUGGUGGAAAGCCCUAAUUACUGCGAUUGCUGAUGGACCUUGGAAAGAAGGCUGCACUGGUGCCCCGCUCCGCAGUCGGACACGCUCAGCUUGCGCCGGACAGGGCGGCCGCUCGCCCGCCGCCCCCCGCCAGCUCCGCGGGCCCCCGCGCUCCCCCGGCCGCGGCUCAGGACGCUACCGCCCGGCUCCUGCGAGCCAGGAUUUUACUUUCGCCUCGCCGUUUCUCCUGCUUCUCUUGGAUUACUUGGCUGCUCCCGCUCGCUGAUCCCGCGCGAUGGAGAAAUCCAGUGCAGUAUUAAUCCACGGAGGUGCAGUGGGGACAGUUGGCAGUACAAUGGCUUCUCAGUACCUCGUAGUGGCUCUGGCCGUUUUCUCCUCUUUUACCCAGGUUGUAAUAGAAGCCAGCUCUUGGUGGUCUUUAGGGAUGAAUCCCAUGAACCCCAUGAACCCUGUUCAGAUGUCAGAGGUGUAUAUAAUAGGAGCCCAGCCACUAUGUAGCCAGCUAGCAGGGCUUUCCCAAGGACAGAAGAAACUCUGCCAAUUGUAUCAGGACCAUAUGCAGUUCAUUGGAGAGGGUGCAAAGACGGGCAUUAAGGAGUGCCAGUAUCAGUUCAGACAUAGAAGAUGGAAUUGCAGCACUGUGGACAACAACUCUGUUUUUGGCAGAGUCAUGCAGAUAGGCAGCCGCGAGACGGCGUUCACCUACGCGGUGAGCGCGGCCGGCGUGGUCAAUGCCAUGAGCCGCGCCUGCCGGGAGGGAGAGCUCUCCUCCUGUGGCUGCAGCCGAGCUGCACGGCCCAAGGACUUGCCCCGGGACUGGCUUUGGGGUGGCUGCGGGGAUAACAUCGAGUACGGAUACCGCUUUGCCAAGGAAUUCGUGGACGCCCGGGAGCGUGAGAGAGUUUACCAGCGAGGCUCCUACGAGAGCGCCCGGAUCAUGAUGAACCUGCACAACAACGAGGCUGGGAGAAGGACGGUGUACAACCUGGCUGACGUGGCCUGCAAGUGCCACGGCGUCUCCGGUUCCUGUAGCCUGAAGACCUGUUGGCUGCAGCUGGCCGAUUUCCGCAAGGUAGGCGAUGCCCUGAAGGAGAAAUACGACAGCGCCGCCGCCAUGAAACUCAACAGCCGGGGCAAGCUGGUGCAGGUGAACAGCCGCUUCAACGCCCCCACCAUCCACGACCUGGUGUACAUCGACCCCAGCCCCGACUACUGCGUGCGCAACGAGAGCACCGGCUCCCUGGGCACCCAGGGCCGCCUGUGCAAUAAGACCUCGGAGGGCAUGGACGGCUGUGAACUCAUGUGCUGCGGCCGGGGGUACGACCAGUUCAAGACGGUGCAGAGGGAGCGCUGCCACUGCAAGUUCCACUGGUGCUGCUACGUGAAAUGCAAGUUGUGCACAGAGAUCGUGGACCAGUUUGUGUGCAAAUAGGGGGACAGGACGAGGUGGGAGGAACUGCAGCCGCCUGCCAGCGAGGGGUGCAGGCCCCUCUCCCUUUCCACAGGACUAUCUCCACUUUUUAUUUAUAGAGUCCAAUGAGUUGUUGUCUUCUUUUAAGAAAAUAAAAAAAAAGGAAAAAAAAAAAGGGCGGGGGAAGGAAAAAAAAAAGAAAAAAGAAAAAUAUAAAGGUUGCAAAGAGAAGUGCCUGGAAACCCUCUCUGUGUCCAUCCCAGAACUGUGUUAGGCUUAUAUUUUUGGCAAUAACGGGCGAGAAUCUGAGAAUAUUUAUUUUACAAAGUUAAAAAAAAAAUUGACUUUUCUUACAAACAAUAGAGUAGUUUGAGGGGAAAAUCCGACAUAUCCUAAUUUAGUCCCAUGGAACGUAAUACUUGUGCAGUAGGCAGAGCAACCAUGUAAUGUGCUUGGGAUGCUAGAACAAUCCUUAUGGAUGUGAGGAACACACAGACCUGUCCAUGACUUUUAGUUUCAGACACUAGAAGUUGCUAGAAUAGGGUAUAUAAAGCUGUUCAGUGCGUGUAGGGCUCUGUAAAUAAGGGGUAUAUUCAGCCUGAAGUGCUGUGUUGGUUGCAUAUCUGACUGUUCCCACAGUGUCACCGGAGGGCAAAGAGCAAAGAAUCAGAAGGGCUUUAGCUGCGCUAUCCCUGAGUCACAGGGGCUGGUUCCAAAACCUACCAAGACUGAGGAAAAAAAAA